GGCGGGCCCGGAGUGCUGCAGUGAGGGAGGAGAGGAGGGGGGAGACGGGGAGAGCGGCUCCAACUGUUGAAUUUUCGCCGAAUCCUCCGCUUCCCUGCGGGCGGCUGGUGCAAUGGAUCUGGUGUGCCGGGGAUCGGCGUUGGCUCCGCGUGCUGCCUGGCUAAGACUGGCAACCGGUUGUUCGGAGGGAGCCACCCACCAAUGAGGCAGAGAAGAGUAUCUGCUUUUCCUUCUUUUUCUUUUGAAAGCCUCUCUACCACAGGUUGCAGAAUUAACUGUGUGCUUUGGGUCCGGACUCAAAUAAAGGAGAAAAAAAAAAACAACAGUGCAGAACUGAGGCUCGGAACUAGAUCUGUGAGCUAUGUAUUGGGAACCUAUGGUGGUUUUUUUGUUGUUUUUUCCUUUUUUCUUUUAAUAUGAAAGAUCUCUGAUUUAUUUCACACAUAACACUGAGGAAAGGUGGUUAAAAACACUCAGCAAAGCAGGAGACAGACGCGCCUCUGUGCCAGUGAGUGGAUAACAGCCUUGUUUUCCUGAUCCUCAGUCUCCCGGAGAAAGAGAGUGAGUCAGAGAAGCGUUAGGAAGAAGCUGCAACUAAUAUCUGUGAAGGGAGGAACAUGAGGCGGUAGUGAAUGUGAUUUGUUCCGCUGGAUCUGACUCAUCCAGCAGACACAAACAUCUGCAUUUCUGGAUGUGCCCAUUCAUUUAUUUCUGGUUGCUAAAAGAACCUGAAAUAUAUUUAGUUGCCCUUGUCCAGUAUUUGCCCAUACACCGUGUCGAGGGGAGAGGGGGAUGCAUCUCGCGCUGCCGCCGCUCUUCCCCCUCUACCAAGAUGCUCAGGGAGACUGUAAAGCUUGAAAAGACUGCAAAAAAAUGCAUCACACCAAUCGCGGAACUGCAUAGCUUUUAAUAUAAGCGAAUUAGUUGAUUAAAGAGGUCUCCCACUUUAUUCAGCGCCAGGAUUGUUUUCCCCUCUUUUCCCUCCCCUAAAUGAAGAGGACUAGGCGGCAGUGUCAUUGGAAGGAGAUACUGAAUAGAAAGAAAAGAGGCACUUGAUAGCGGCCAGCCCUGUGAAUACAGAGACUGUUUUCCUUUUAGCGAGAGGGCUUGUAUGUCUCUUGUGUGUGUUGGCUUCUCUCUCCCCCUCCCCCCUUCCUUUCUCUCUCUCUCGCUCUCUCCCUUUCUAUAUUUUUUUUUUUUUUUUUUUUUUAAUCUAUGCGUCCAGCCAUGGGGUUGCCCUGUUGCUUUCCUCUCGGCUGGAGAGAAAAGCAAACUGGAAUUAAACUGCAUCGAGAAAAGUGCAGCUCCUCAGACACGCAUCCGCACACACGCAUAGGCCACCCGGAGAGAAAGGAUGUGGUGGUGGCGGCGGCUUACUGGCCUGUCUUAAAAGAAACCAAGUGUGCGUCUGAUUGAGCACGACCUCUGAUUUUCUAUCAAAACAUAUAUUUACUGUGGCUAGUGAUGACGGUCAGAUAAUGGGUUUCUUAUUUUUUUCCCCACAAAAGGACGAGUGGGAGGCUGGUAGUAAAGGGAGAGAAAGGAAACUACAAAUCCGGGCCACUAGUUUUUGCGGUUUUGGGCUUUUUUUUUUUUCCCCCUGUUUUGUUUUUCCCUCUUGCCCUGCAAUCCUCCUUCCCUCGCCUUCUGAUUCGGGAGGGAAACUGUGAGGGUGUACGAGACAGAGAGGGGGAGAAAUACCGACGGCAGCGAGAUGCAGCUCUCCGGCCGCAAGCAAGCAAGAUUAGAUCUCUAAAUGCAGCAAAACACUCCCUGAAAACCAACAACCCCCGCGGUGCAAUCAGACAUUUCACUGCCUCUCACUGCACAGGAAGAAGGCUUCAACAACACGCUGAGACUUUUUUUCCCCCUUUCUGUCUCUCUCCUAUCCCUCCACUCCAUCAACCUCAUCGCAGGUGAUGAGUAACAAAUAAGCUUUUCUACCCCUGCUUACAGACCUGUGGCCACCCUCCUUUCCUAUGUAUAUAUAAAUACACAUAUUUAAAAAAAACAAUCUUUUUGAUCGUUUUUUAGAAAAACAGCCACUGCCGCCGAUUUUUUAUUAUUGUUAUUAUUUUUAUUACCCUUUGUAUAUCUGCGGGAUUCAAGGACCGGGAAACGCUUCACCUGCCAGGAGGAGAAGAUCAUUUGCAAAUUUUCUGAUUUUUUGGCAAUCCUCCCACUGCGAAGUGGACAGCCCGAAGUAUCUGCGAGGGACUCUAGAGCACGGCAAGCGCUUGCUGAAACGCUGCCGAAGCUGCUACUCCCCUUCCGCCCCCCCGCCUUCCUCCCCUCCCGAUUGCUCCCUCCCUCUGAGCUACAUGGUCUAUUUGCUGCCUCUCAUCCUGUGUCUCUGCAGAUGCUUUAGAGCAACAGGUUCAGGAACUUAAAAUACAGGAGUGGGGAGAGAGAAGGCAAAAAAAAAAAAAAAAAAGGAAACCAAAAAAAGAAAAAAAGAAAAAUAAAAGAGAAGGAGACGACGGAGGAGGAAGAACAAACCCAGCGCAGGAGGCAGAGAAGACGGGGACAACCCUGGUCGCCGCUGCAGCUGCUGCCACCCCCACCCCUUCUCGGGGAUGUACCUUUCCAUUUGUUGCUUCUUCCUCUGCUGGGCUCCCGCCCUGUCGCUGAAGAACCUGAAUUACUCGGUGCCGGAGGAGCAGGGAGCAGGCACGGUCAUCGGGAACAUCGGCCGCGAUGCGCGGCUGGCAGCGGGCGCGGCGGGAGGCGGCAUGCUGCCCGGGGAGCGCGGCGCUCCCGGCGGCGGCCCCGGCGGCCGCGGCCCCAAGCCCACCUUCCGGGUGUUGGAGAACUCAGCCCCACACCUCCUGGAUGUGGACGGGGAGAGCGGGCUGCUGUACACCAAGCAGCGCAUCGACCGCGAGGCGCUGUGCCGGCGCAGCACCAAGUGCCAGCUGUCCCUCGAGGUGUUCGCUAACGACCAGGAGAUUUGCAUGAUCAAGGUGGAGAUCCAGGACUUGAAUGACAACGCACCAGCGUUCCCUUCUGACCAAGUGGACAUGGACAUCUCCGAAAAUGCUGCGCCAGGCACCCGCUUCCCCCUCACCAGCGCCCACGACCCGGACGCUGGGGACAACGGGCUGCGCACCUACCUGCUCACCCGUGAUGACUACGGCCUCUUCUCCCUAGAUGUGAAGUCCCGAGGUGAUGGCACAAAGUUUCCGGAGCUGGUCAUCCAGAAGCCAUUAGAUCGUGAGGAGCAGAGCCACCACACCCUGGUGCUGACAGCACUGGACGGUGGUGACCCACCACGCUCAGGCACAGUGCAGAUCAAUGUGCGCCUCAUUGACUCCAAUGACAAUAGCCCCAUCUUUGAGGCAGCUUCCUAUGUGGUAGAGCUGCCUGAGAAUGCACCACUGGGCACUGCCGUCAUUGACCUUAAUGCCACUGAUGCCGAUGAGGGUACCAAUGGAGAGGUGCUCUACUCUUUCAGUGGCUACGCACCUGAGCGCGUCCGCGACCUGUUUAGCAUUGACCCGCAGAGUGGCCUCAUCCGUGUCAAGGGCAACCUGGACUAUGAGGAGAGUGGCCUCAUUGAGAUCGACGUCCAGGCUCGGGACCUGGGGCCCAAUCCCAUCCCUGCUCACUGCAAGGUCACUGUCCGCCUCAUUGACCGCAAUGACAAUGCGCCCACCAUUGGCUUUGUCUCCGUUCGCCAGGGAGCACUGAGUGAGGCUGCCCCACCGGGCACUGUCAUUGCCCUGGUGCGGGUCACUGACCGAGACUCAGGCAAGAAUGGGCAGCUCCAGUGCCGGGUGCUGGGCGGUGGUGGUGGACCAGGAGCUGUCCCUUUCACCCUGGAGGAGAACUAUGACAACUUCUACACUGUUGUCACUGACCGGCCCCUGGACCGUGAGGCACAGGAUGAGUACAAUGUGACCAUUGUGGCACGUGAUGGGGGCAACCCCCCACUCAACUCCACGAAGUCGUUUUCCGUCCGAAUCCUUGACGAGAAUGACAACCCACCCCGCUUCAGCAAGAACCUCUAUGUGUUGCAGGUCCCUGAGAACAACAUCCCUGGAGAGUACCUGGGCUCUGUCUUGGCUCAGGACCCUGACCUGGGCCAAAAUGGGACAGUCUCUUACUCCAUUCUACCCGGGCAUGUGGGAGAUGUCUCCAUCUACACCUAUGUCUCCGUCAACCCCACCAAUGGUGCUAUCUAUGCCCUGAGGAGCUUCAACUAUGAGCAGACAAAGCACUUUGAGUUUCGCGUGCUGGCCAAAGACUCGGGUUCACCCCACCGCGAAAGCAAUGCCACGGUGCGCGUCACCGUGCUCGAUGUCAAUGACAAUGCACCCCUCAUCAUCCUGCCCGCCCUCAUCAAUGACACCGCUGAGCUGCAGGUGCCUCGCAAUGCUGGGGUGGGCUACCCCGUGGGCACCGUCCAUGCCCUGGACAGUGACUUUGGGGAGAGCGGACGCCUCACAUAUGAGAUUGUGGAAGGCAAUGAGGAGCACCUCUUUGAGAUGGACCCCACUAGCGGUGAGAUACGCACCUUGCACCCCUACUGGGAGGAGCUCAGCCCUGUUGCUGAACUGGUGGUAAAAGUCAGUGACCAUGGCAAGCCCAGCCUCUCUGCAGUAGCCAAGCUCAUCGUCAGGGCCUUGGCAGGGCCCCUGCCCGAGGCUGGCGAGCCACAGGUGAAUGGCGAGCAGCAUCGGCGACCACACUGGGACUUGUCGCUGCCCCUGAUCGUGACGCUGAGCACUGUGUCCAUCAUCUUGCUGGCUGCCAUGAUCACUAUUGCUGUGAAGUGCAAGCGAGAGAACAAGGAGAUCCGCACCUAUAACUGUCGCAUUGCCGAGUAUAGCCACCCUCAGCUGGGAGGAGGGGGAGGCAGUGGCGGGGGAGGAGCAGGCAGUGGCAGUGGAGGGGGCAAGGGCAAGAAGAAGAAGAUCAGCAAGAAUGACAUUAUGCUGGUGCCCAGUGAGGGCGAGGACAGCCGGGGCCCCCUCAAUGUCAUGAAUGUGGUGAGCAGCCCAUCCCUGGCCACCUCACCCAUGUACUUUGACUACCAGACCCGCCUGCCCCUCAGCUCUCCCAGGUCAGAGGUGAUGUACCUGAAGCCCGCCUCCAACAACCUGACUGUACCCCAGGGACAUGUGGGCUGCCACACCAGCUUCACAGGGCAAGGGACUAACGCCAGCGAGGCUCCCCCGAGCCGGAUGUCCAUAAUUCAGACAGACAAUUUUCCCGCAGAGCCCAAUUACAUGGGCAGCAGGCAGCAGUUUGUUCAAAGUAGCUCCACGUUCAAGGAUCCAGAAAGAGCCAGCUUGAGGGACAGCGGGCAUGGGGACAGUGAUCAGGCUGACAGUGACCAAGACACUAACAAAGGCUCCUGCUGUGACAUGUCUGUUAGGGAGGCACUCAAGAUGAAAACCUCAACUAAAAGCCAGCCACUUGAACAAGAACAGCAAGGCAGAGGCCAAAGACCCAUUGUUGGGAUCUGUGGACCAGCCCGCUGUGAGGAUGGAAAAUUUUCAGAGCAAGAAGAAUGUGUUAACUGCACAGAUGAAUGCAGAGUGCUUGGUCAUUCUGACAGAUGUUGGAUGCCACAGUUCCCUGCAGCCAGUCAGGCUGAGAAUGCAGAUUAUCGCACAAAUCUCUUUGUACCCACAGUUGAAGCUAAUGUUGAGACUGAGACAUAUGAAACUGUGAAUCCCACCGGGAAGAAGACUUUUUGUACCUUUGGGAAAGACAAGAGAGAGCACACUAUUCUCAUUGCCAAUGUUAAACCUUACUUAAAAGCCAAACGUGCCCUGAGUCCUCUGCUUCAGGAGGUUCCCUCAGCAUCGAGCAGCCCAAACAAGACAUGCAUUGAGCCUUGCACCUCAACAAAAGGACCACUGGAUGGUAGUGAAGUGAAAUCAGGAGCCUUUGCUGAAUCAAGCAGCCAGUACUUGUCAACUGACAGUCAGUAUCUAUCACCUAGUAAACAGUCAAAAGACACUCCCUUCAUUGCAUCAGAUCAGAUGGCUAGGGCCUUUGCAGAUGUGCAUUCCCGAGUGAGCCGAGACUCAAGUGAGAUGGACUCUGUUCUGGAGCAGUUAGAUCGUUCAACCCGGGAUCUAGGCAGAGAGUCGGUGGAUGCCGAGGAAGUUGUGAGAGAAAUAGACAAGCUCUUGCAGGACUGUCGGGGAAGCGACCCUGUGGCCGUCAGAAAGUGAGGGGGAAAAUAAGGACAGGCUGGCAGUUGUGUUCCACUUCUGCUGAUUAAGAGUAAAUCAUUAAGUAAAUCCCCUGGUUGUAACAGAUUUACAGGAAUGAAGGAAGACCAAUGCUGCUUUAAGGCUUUUAGUGAACAUCUGAAGUGCCCACAAGUAUGUUCUUUUCACUGCUCUUUCUUUUUGACAGAUGACACUGGUUUAAUUUUGUCCAAACUUUCAUUAGGACAGAGUCAAGUACACUAAGAACAAAAUGAAAGAAGGAAAGAUGGUGCCAUUUUGACAAUCUGAUAGGAAGGUAUGAGAAAGGUGAAAUGGAAAUACGUCUAAUAUUUUAAGACUGUCCUCAAUAGCUGAUGCUGACUUUACUGUUUACGUAUAAACCCCAAGAAAAACAGGGUUGAAUAAUUCUGAUCUGUGGUCGAUUUCCAGCAGUCACCACAGACUUCUACUGAAAGUCCUAAAAUGAGUUCUUGUAGUAGUCCAAGUGACACCAAACAUUAACAUUCAUUUGUGGUAAAAAUUUAUGUACAAAGUUACCUGCCACAAAUAUGAUCAAAAAAAAAAAAAAAAAAAAAAAAAAAGAACAAUAAAACAAAAAACCCAUUCCAGAUCAUUAUUCAAUGAAACAUAUCCUGAUCAUUAUAAAACACCUCAUAUCCUAUUAAGGUAAAAUGUAAAAUGAUAUAGUCCAUCUUGUCCUGCACAAACAUAAGCUAAUUCACUUGAUAAAAAAGAAAAAAAAAGAUUUUAAUAUCAUUUAGCAUUUUAGUGUCCAACAAAACUAUAAAUAGUUAGCAGUAAGUUUUAAAAAAAAUAAAGUAAAAUAAAGUUUGAAUAAAACCCAACUUGUGUUUAAGGGUAACACACAAAAUAACAUUAUUAACACUUUUUUAUUCAUUUGUGGACACUAAAAUAGCUCAGGAAAGUGAAAAUGUCUUAGACAUCCACAAAAAUCACAUGAUCAUUUAAAUGUGCAAAUGUAAGAAGAUUCAGUGUGUUUACAUCAAAUGACAUAUUUUUAUUGAUUUAUUGCAGAUUCAGUGCAUAUGAGCCAAAUUGUUGAGUGUAUAAGAGCUAUAUUGUGUAUUUUAUUAAAUUAAUAUAUAGUUGUGUUGCAAAAAUAUUUGGGCUUAUAUUGUAAAUGGCAAGUGUUGCCUCAGUAGCUGUCGAACUCUAUGAGUUUUGUUUUUUCCUGCUUCCUUUUCUCCAUGGAUUGUGGGAAGCAGCGCCUCAGAGCAAAGUCUCUUGUUUAAUGUAUGGUCUACGAAGUACUGCAGUACAUAAUCUGUUCAAAAUGUGUUUGAGUGAGCUGAUGGAGCUAACUGAACGGCCUACAAAUACAUCCAUCAGUCAUUGUUAUGUGCAAGUCCUUGUAGAAGCUUCUAUUGCAAACCCCUGUUUAAAUUACACUUGAACCAACAUCUGGAACUUCCUUGUUUUGUUUUGUUUUGUUUUGUUUUUUCCAAACACAUGCAGCCUAUUUAAUGUAGUGUAUUUGAUUAACAUCCAAAGAGAUGCCACUAUUUUCAAAGUUUUGGUAUUACGGUCAUAGAGCUGAAAAACAUAUUAAUGCCAAUGUGGCAUGAACAAGAGUUUAUCUGAUUCUUUAGAAUGUGCAAUUUCUUACUGCAGUUUUAGAUAUACAUUGUUUAUUUUGGGGGGUUGGGGGGGGGAGGAAGAGAGGGGGGUUUUUUUAGUUUUCAUUGAAUGGUUUUCAUUCAUCCUGAAAAGUAUUUGCAGAAUAACUUGGGAUAUAGUUUCUACUUUUUACUAUUUUUUUCUAAGGGUGUUUUUAGUGCAUUUGAAAAAUUCAAAAUUGCCUUCAGAUCAAAGUUAAAAAAUAACUCACAUUUAAAAUGAACUUGCACAGAACAAGAACCAACAGAAGAAUAUAAUGUUUAGCUCAGGAUUUGUCUGUUACAUACUUCAGAUACUCUGUUGGAAAUACCACUCUGGUGCAUGGUUUUAAAAUGGUGUAUUUGGUUUAUUAAAUGUAAUCUGUACUUUACAAACAUAUAUAAGAUGUUGGCAAUCUCAAAUCCCACAAAGCCAUAGUUUUUGUCAGUUCAAGAAAGAAAGUUGACCCAACAGCCUGUUUUGAUGUUGGGAUUGCUGUUAAAUGGUGAUUUUAGCUAGUCAGUCCUACAAUGAAUUGCCUUUGGGAGACAACCAUUCUGACACUUUGCUUUUAGCUCCUCCUGUUAAAAAAAGGCUACAAUUACAUGUAAAGAAAAAAGGAUCUUGUACAUGUUUUAUCAAGCUACUCUCCAUGUUUUGGACAAUUUAUGUAUCUAAAAUGUAGUGUUGUCUGUGUUAUAUAUUUUUUUCUUUUUUUGGCCAGGAGACAAGAGAUUGGUUUUGCUUGAUAGCUUGAUAGUUUGAAAUUCCAUAGUGGAGAGGAUUUCUUAUUGUUUAUCAGUCUCUUAUACGUAUUUCUGUGGUGCCCGUCACUUCAGUGUCUGUGCACCAAGUCUUUAGCUCUGCCAGUGAAAUCCAUUAUUCAGCAAAAUCUAAGCCAGUAUGUAAAUGCAGUCAAGUGAUGGAGAUUUGUGUAUUUUAUAAAUGAUUUUAACACCGAGUAACCAAUUGUACAAUUCAUUGUAUGUUUCUGAAGACAUAAAUCCACAAUCUUCUGAGAAAGGGCUGCGCCAAUGUAAGAGGAAUUUACCUUAAGGCUCUCUGUCACUAGUGAUUUACUAGCUUUAGCUGUUUAACACAUUAUCUGUAUUUAGUAGUGAUUAUUUAUUUACCACUCUAAGGUAAUUCAGAAUUCAUGACUCACAGCUUUAUAGAAGAGUUUAGAAAAUCUUGUUUUUAUUUAAUUUGGCUGACAACUGCCUUGUGCUGUAGAUCUCUGGCAUACUUCUUCCAGUAAGGAUAUCCCAGAUUAAGAAAUCGUUUUCACAAUUUAGAAUGGAUACAUAACAAACCAAUAAACCAGCAGAGCUUAUGCAAUGUGAGUUUUGCUGGCUCAGUCUAAAUUAACAUGAUUGUGCGUGAAGGAAGGAAUACACACAAAAGAAUUAAGAAAGUAUUUUUUCUCCAUGGUAUCUCUACUAUCACCACUGGAGAAAGAGGCAGAACUGAAAGAUAAAGCUUAUGAGUUAUUGCUCUCAUUCCUUACAUACAUGUUUUAUAAGACUAUAAGAAAAUAUCUGCCAUAUGGCUAUAAAGAAAAUGGCAGAGUUAUUGGAGGCAAGUAACAAAAUUGUGUUGUACACUGUGAAUAGCAAAUAAGGUAUUCUGUUUUUCUGUUAUUAAUGAAAGCCAGCAACUGGGAAACUGGAAGUUCCUUUAACAACUGGCCAACCAAAUCAGGAUUUCAAAUGAGACUUUUUUUUUCUGUGAGGUUUUGGUUUUUUUUUGUUUGUUUGUUUGUUUGUUUGUGUUGUUUUGUGGUUGGUUUUUUUUUUUCCUUGGCAUACUUAUCAAGAAAGAGAUUCUUCUGAAAUGUGAUUUGCCCUUGAGAAUAUAGGUCUCCCACUUCAAAUUACUCCUAGAAGUCAAACAUUGCUUAUAUUGGAGCAAGAUACAUCAUUCAAAUAAACUUCCAAUCUUCUUGCUGUCCAGUGGAAGGGAAAUUGCUGAGGUCAAGAAGGAGUCUGAAGCCUAAGAUAGUAUACUCAUUAUUGUCUAAUUACUUUCUUUUGACAUCAGACAGUUGUUAUUUAUAUUGUAUUAAUUCAAAUGGGAGUUUUGGCUAUCAAGAUUUGUUGAUUUGAAGUGUAAUUGAAUGAAACCUGAUUCAGGUUUUGCCUUCUCUGGCCCAAUUGUGAUACAGGUUGGCAUUCUCAUUUACCAGGCCCUGUCUUCCCAUAUGGCUCAAAGUUGCACCAAUGACAGGUGAAUGACACAAAAACCCCCAAACAAAAGCAGCAUACAUUGUAUGGAUUAUCUCAACCGCUAUUGUUUAAUGGCUGUGUUUAAUGUGACCUAUCUGGAAAAUGAGGACUACGAAUAAAAAGCAAUUACUAAUA